GUAUGAAAUUUUGUAAAUAGAAAAAGAAAAGUAAUAUAUUAAAUUAUUUGGAAAUAGAAACUAAAAAAUUUAAUUUAUUUAAAUAUUUAUGCAAUUGAAUAGAAAAAUAGGUGAUGGUUUUUCAGGUGAACUUCAUUAAUGUGAAUAUAAGGGUUAACAAUGUGUAGUAAAGAUCUACAAAUAAAAUUAUUCAGAGAAAUUAAGAUAGAAGGAAAUAAAAAUAUUAAAAAGUCUAGAUCAUCCUUAAAUACUGAAAAUUAUAGAUCAUGAUCCAGAUUACAAAUACUUUAUUUGUGAAUAAAUGAGAAUCGAUUUUUAUUAAAUUAUAAAGAAUGGGGCUCGAUUAGAUGUUAAAACAGUGAAAUAAAUUCUACUUGAACUAAGUGAAAUAAUUCAAUACCUUCAUAAACUUAAUUAUGUUCAUAGAGAUAUCAAAUUAGAAAAUGUUAUGUUAAAUUAAGAUUUAAAAAUCAUACUAAUAGAUUUUGGUUUUGCUGACAUUGUAGAUAACAAAAAAUAAUAUAUAAGAAAUUGUGGAACAAAAAAUUAUAUGUCACCGGAAUUACUUAUUUCUGAAAAAUAUAUUCAAUCAAAUCUCCUUAAAAGAUCUGAUAUAUUUGCUUUAGCUAUUCUAAUCUUUAUUCUCUAUUAUGGAUUUCCUCCAUUCUCUCAGGCAUCUUCAAAAUGUCCUUAUUGGUAAUUGAUAUUUGAAUAAAAAUGGAAUUAUUUUUGGAAAAUUGUUAAUAGAAAUACAAAAUAUAAUGACAUUCUAUUUUAAGAAUUAUUUCAAAAUAUGAUAUCACCUAAUCCUGAAGAUAGAUAUACUAUUGAAUAAGUACUCAAUCAUCCCUGGAUUGAUGGAAAUCAUGAUCUAAGCUAAUUAAUUAACUUUGUUUGA